UUCCGCAGCUUGAGGGACACCCUGGAGAAAUAUUUAUCACGCCUCAUACUCAGGUGAUCUAUGCCGAGUGCAUUGACGCUCUUGCUACUGUUUUGACACCUGAAGAUUAUGAGAGAUAUAUUUCUCUGGCCCCAGAAAACUUGUUCUCUGGGGUCUACGUGUGUUGUUGGGAAUUCAAAAACAACAAGGUCAUGCCGUUCUCUGUAAGUGAGUUGGAUGGCUACUAUAACCAGACGAUAUUUACCAUGUUAUCCAAUCAUCAAGCCCAGCUUAAGUCAAAGGGUCCUAUGUCGCACGAAAUAAAAGAUAUAACCCGAGAAGAUCCUAUAAAACAAGGGCCUAGGGGGAGCAGAAGUGUCGGUGGGAGUCGCUCUUCUGGCAUUAGAAAGUCAAUUCCUGGUAACCAGCAGGCAAAAGCUACGCCACCAACUUGCCCAAAGUUGAAAACAAAAAUUCCAAGCAGUGUACCGGCUGGAAUUCAGCUUGUUGAGCCUCAAUUUAAGCUGUCUUUUGAAGUUGGUGACAACUUAGAGGUUCUUAGACGCGGUAGUGGCCUGAGAGGCUGCUGGUUCAGGUGUAAGGUCUUAAAGGUAUCAGAAAAAUGUCUCAAUGUUCAAUAUGAUGACAUCCAGGAUUAUGAUGGUCCUGACAAGCUGAAGGAAUGGGUUUCCUCCUACAGAGUUGUAGACUCUGAUAAAUUGGGCAUGAGAUGCACAGGACGCCUCACAAUUCGGCCCCGGCCUCCGGAGGAUUUUUCUGAUUGUUCUUUUGAAGUAGGAGCUGCAGUUGAUGCUUGAUGGUCUGACGGAUGGUGGGAAGGUGUUGUUGUUGACUUCGAUGUCUAUGGAAGCGGUCAUCUUCAGGUUUUCUUCCCUGGUGAGAACAGAUUGUUGGAGAUUCCAAAGAUGAACGUGUGGAUUUCUAGAGAUUGGAUAGACAAUAAAUGGGUUGAAGUUAAUGGAAAGAAAGACAUCGUCAUUCAUAAGCUCGAGUUUAAACGAUGUGUCCAAGUGCAGUAUCAAAGAACCGGGGAACUGUGAAAAUCAGAUGGCUCCCAAACUUGUGGCACCUGAAGACAAAAAAAUGGCGUCAACUUCUGAACACUUAGCGGACAAGCAAGCCACCGACGUGCUUAAACUAAAGAAACGCUGGUCUAAUGAUUUUCUUGCAGGUAAGUAGAACUGAUUUCAGACAAUUCUACAUGUGAUAAUGGUGGCGUUCAGAAGUCGUCAGUUUCUUUGAUUCUGGUGAAACGCUUUUGCCACUGUGGAUACCCCGAGAAGUGAAAGGAGAAGUGCAUUAAUGGCUGGUAAGCAAAUAGCAACGGCCAAGCUACCAAAUUACCCGAAGUUAAAAGUAAAGUUUCCGAGCAGUGGACCGGCUGCA